AUGAAAGGUUCAUUUUGGAAUUUCAUCAAGUCUAAAAAAAAUGAUGACAAUGAAUCAAAACCAACGGUUGCACACUUGGGUGAAGAAAAUAAAUUUUAUUUUAAUAAAGAAUUAAAUAGAUGGGUUAUAAAAGGUGAAGAAGACAAAAUUGAAAAUGAAGAAAAAAUAUCUGCACCACCAAAAAUGAACACAUUACAAAAUGCCAACCAGGGAUAUCGUUCGCUAGUUCAGCAAAACAAAAUGCGUAGCGCAUUUAAUAUUUAUGCCGAAACACCCGGGUUAAAAACUAUCAAAAAGAAAAAUGUGUUAGUCCAAGGUGGAAUCGUUUCUCCUUAUAUGGAAUCAUUAAAGAAUGAAAAAAGCAGUACUAGUAAUAAUAAUAAUAAUAAUACAAGUAAUAACAAAACAGAAGAGUUUGGAUCUAAUAUUUUUAUUCCAAGCAGUAAUAAAGUUUAUGAAAAUAAAGUAAGAGAUAAUAAAUAUGUAGAAGAAAAUGAUGAAAAUUAUAUAAAUAAUGAACAGAAAAAACAAAAAACAAGUACCUUAGAAAAUAAAAAUUAUAAUGAAGAAGUUAAUGAAAAAAAUAUGUUGAACUCAUCAUAUGAAAAUAUAUCACCAUUAAAUAAAAAUACAGAAAUGGAUGUGUUUUUAAAACAACCAAGUUAUACUAAAAAUGAUGACAGUAUGUUUGCAAAAGUAUAUUCUAAUGAAAAUAUUAUUGAUACAUUAAAUAAAAAUAAUAAUUUAGAUAAAACAUUUAAUGAUAAUAUUUCUAAUGAAAAUAAUAAUUUUGGAUAUUCUAAAAAUGAAGAAUCUAAAAUUAUGACACCUAUUCAAAGUAAUAUGCAUAUACCAGUAAUAAGUAGAAGAGAAACAAAAACAACUAGUUUUGAUAAUCUACAUAAAUUUUAUGAAAUUAAAAAACCUGAGACAAAAGAAAUAAAAUCUCUUAAGGUCGUAUGGAAUCCAAAUAACAAUGUAGACAAUCAAACGGAUAUAUACAACAAUAAUAAUAAUAUUAAUAAUAAUAAUAAUAAUGAUAAUAAUAAUAAUGUUGAAAAUAUGUAUGAAAAGAAGGAUAAAAUUAUUCAAGAUAAUAUUUAUAAAGUUUCUAAUUCUACAUUUUUAAGCCCUUUUGGAGAAUCAAAAAAUGAAACAUUUCCCCGCAAAAGUAUGGUUCAUAUAAAUAGUUUUGAAAAUAUGAAAAAUGUUGAAGAGGAUGAAAUUUAUGACGAUUUGAAUAAAAUAAAUGAUCCUUCUGAAUCAAAUGAUAGAUAUGACGAAAUGCAUAGUUCAUUUUUUAUACCUGAGGAAAUGGAGAAUAUAAAUAUGAGCAAAAAGAAGAAUAUUAACGUUGAUAAAAACAAUAUUAACGAUACUUAUAAUAAUAUUAAUGUUGAUAAAAACAAUAUUAACGAUACUUAUAAUAAUAUUAAUGUUGAUAAAAACAAUAUUAACGAUACUUAUAAUAAUAUUAAUGUUGAUAAAAACAAUAUUAAUGAUACUUACAAUAAUAUUAAUGUUGAUAAAAACAAUAUUAAUGAUACUUACAAUAAUAUUAAUGUUGAUAACAACAAUAUUAAUGUUGAUAACAACAAUAUUAAUGUUGAUGAGUAUAAUAAAAUUCUUGAUCAUGAUAGUCCUAACAGUGAUAAAAAUAAUGACACGGAUCUCCCUCAUGAUAAUUAUAUAAAUUAUGCUAAAGAUUAUUUUUCCAAUAAAGAAAAAGAGCUUGUUGAACAUUUUAUAUCAAUUUUAAAAAAACAAUUAAAUGAGGAUAAUAAUUUUAUUAAUAAUUUGAUGAAGACACAAACAGAAAAAGUGAAUUCAUUUGUUAAUGAAAAUAAAAGAUCAUUAAAUAUGUUAUACAAUAAAAUUAACGAAUUUGAUAAAUAUAAAAAUGAUGAUAAUAUAGAUAAUAAUGUAACAGAAAAAAAUUUAGAUAAUAAUAGAGAUAUAUGUUCAACUGAUUUAAAAGAAGAAGAUAUUUUAAAUGAAAAAGGUAAAGAAUUAAAUAAUUUAUUAUAUAUUAUAAAUAUAAAGAAUAAGAAAAUAAAAAGCGAACUUGAAUGUUUUAUUAAUUCAUUUAAUAAUUUAAAAAAGUUAAAAAUGAAAAAUGAAGAAAUUAUUAACAUAUAUAAAACGAGAGAAAAGGUAUUCAUUGAUGUUAUUAAUGAAUUAGAAGAAAAAUAUGAAAAAAAAAAUUGUCUAUUUAAAAAAAAAGAAAAAUAUUACAAAGAAUUAAUUAUACAAAAAGAUAAUAAUUUAAAUAUAGAACAAGUGAAUUAUGAAAAAAAAGUGCAAUAUUUAAAAAAACAAGAAAAUUUAUUAAAACAAGAAUUAAAACAAGUACAAAUAAAAACAAAUGAAUAUAUGAUUACGUUUAAAGAAGAACUAGAAAAAAAAUAUCAAGAAGAAACAAAAGAUAAACUUGAAGAAAUCAAAACAUUAACAGAAAAUGAUUUUCAUUCCAGAUUAGAACAAUAUAAAGAAGAAAUAGAAAAAGAUAAAAAUGAUUUUAUAAAUAAUUUAAUUAUUGAAAAAAAUAAUGAAAUAGAAAUAUUCAAAAAUAAUAUAGAAAAAAUGAAAAAUGAAGAAAUAUCUAAAAUUAAUGAAGAAAAUCAAAAGGUUUGGACACAAAAUAAAGAAAAAGAUAAUUUAUUAGAACAACAAAAAAAAGAUUUAGAAGAUAUAAAAGAACAAUGGGAAAUAGAAAAACAAAAAGAAAUUGAAGUCUUAAAAAAUGAAAUAUAUUUACAAAAUAAAGAAAAAGAAGAAUUCAUAAAACAAGAAUUACAAAAUAAUUAUAAUCAACAAAUUAAUCAAUUAAAAGAAGAAUUAAAUGAACAAUUACAAGAAAAAUAUAAAAGUGAAUAUGAAAUAAAAAUUCAAAAUGUUCUAAAUAGAGAACAAGAAGAAAAGCAACAAAAAUGGGAUCAUGAAAAAAAACAAAUUAUACAAAUGUAUGAAGAAAAAUUAUUAUUACAAAAAGAUAAUAUAGAACAAACUUUAAAUAUUCAAAAUCAACAAUGGCAAGAAAAUAUAAAAUUACAAAAAGAUAAACAAAUAGAUAUACUAAAUGAAAAAAUUGAUAAAUUAGAUAUGGAAACAAAAUUAUUAAAUGAAAAAAAAAAUGAACUAGAAAUUAAUAUAUCUUUAUUAAAUGAAGAAAAUGUUAAUAUAUUAAAUCAAAAUCAAAAUCUAGAGGAUACUUAUCAAAAAAGAUUAAGUAUAUUGAGUGAUCAAAAUUGUAAACUGGAAGAGCAAAUGAAAAAAAUAAAGGAAGACCACACUAAGGAGUCGGAAGAAAUUCAAGAAAAAUUUGCAGAUCUACUAGAAGAAGAAAUCGAUCGAAUCAGGAAAGAAUCCGAAUCAAAGGUCGAAAGUUACAUAAAACAAUAUGUAGAGAUAAACGAAGAAUAUAUCAAAAAAAAAGAAGAGUAUGAUCAAUUGCUAGAGAAAGCUAAUCAAAAUAAUAAAGAAUUAACAAAAAAAUAUGAAGAAAAUAUUCAGAAAAUUAAUGAAUAUGAAGAUAUGAUUAAAACCCUCGAAAAUAAAACCGAAGAAAUGGUGCAAACAAAAAUAGAAGAAUUAACAAUAGAAUAUGAAAAAAAAAAAAAAGAUUUUAUAGAUAAUGAAAAACAAGUUUUAUUAAAUAAUUAUGAAGAAUUGUUAGAAGAAAAUAAACGUAUGAAAGAAGAAUUAGGAAUUCAAGCAAAUAUAACUAUGAAAGAAAAUGAAGAGACAAUUUUAGAAAUAACAAAAAAUUAUGAAAUGAAAGUUAAAGAAAUUGAAAAAGAUUAUGAAGAUUUAUUGAAUCAAUAUAAUAAUAUAAAAUAUGAAAAUAAAGAAAUAUUAGAAAAAUGGAAUAUAGAAAAAGAAACAAAAGAAAAAGAAUUAAAACAUUUAAAUAAUAUUAAUACACAGUUAAGUUCAGAAAAUAAUGAAUUCUAUCUAAAUUAUAAAAAACUGGAAGAAAAAAAUUUAAAAUUACAAAAUACAUAUGACGAAUUAAUAGAAAAAAAUAUCGUUCUAGAAAAUGAAGAACUUAAACAAUUAAGAGAUAAAUUAAAACAUGUUGAAAAUAUUAAUAAAAAUUUAAUGGAUGUUACUGAAAAAGAAAGAUUACUUAAUUUGAAAAAUGUUAAUAUUAUUAAAUCUUUACAACAACAAAUUAAUGAACAAACCAAAUUAUAUAAAGAAUAUACAGACGAAUUAAAUAAUGAAAUCAAAACGUUAAAACAAUCAAAACAAAAUCAUACAGAUAAUACAAGUAAUAAUAAUAAUAAUUAUUAUAAUGAUAAUAAUAACAUUCAACUUAUAGAAGAAAAUAAAAAACUCAAGUUACAAAAUGAAGUUAUAUCAACCAAAAAUGAUACAAUUUCAACAGUUUUAGACAACUUAACUAAAAGAUUAAGUUUUAUAGAAUCCAAAAUUAAAGAAAAAGAUUUUGGACUCGAUAUUAUUAAACAAGCGGAUCAUUUACAAUUACAAGAUUUUAAAUGA